AUGAAACACGGCUGCGCCGGGUUCGUGAAGGAAAUUUUAUCAGAUCACUGCACGCUCGUGGGACGAGGGUACGGUUUGAUGCAAGCCGCCGAGAGCGAUUUUUACCGCAAGAAAGCGUUGACGAACCCGGCGGUUUGGAAAACGAUCGAAGGAAUGACCGCGCGCUCUCCAGAUAUCCACGCCUGGCGUGGGGUCACCGCGAGCUCGCGACGAGAACUGCGCGCGCUGUGCGCGGCGGAUUCGCAGUGCCAAGGAUUCUAUACGUGUUCGGACUUCGACGCGUUCAACUGCACGAAGAUUUUGAACGAGUUUCACUCUGAAAAAAAUCUGACGGGCGUCAGGCCGUUUCACACGAACGCGUCCGCGAUGCUGCUCUCGAGCGUCCCGGACUCUGUGAGCAGAAUGUCUACUUAUCCAUCCCUCGUUCUCGACUCGCGUGCGAUUAAAACGUGUGAAGGCAACGCGGACGGCGCGUCUUGUACGUUUCCCUUCACCACGGAUUACAGCGCGAAGCACAGACAAAACAACGUCGAGUAUUUCGGACCGACGCUAGAAGGAUCGUCCCGCCCGUGGUGCUACACCUCGAAACCCGGAUUAUGGGGGUACGUCGACUGCCACGGCCAAGAUCCGAUGGGUUUCAAGUGGGAGAUCAGCGAGUGGGGUAACUGCUCGCGAUCGUGCAAACGCGGGAUGAAGACGCGAACAGCGAACUGCGUGAACACGACGUCAGGGGCUGUUCUUCCGAACCAGCUCUGCGGCGUCGAGCCCGAAACCUCGCAGGAGUGCAACACGCACUCGUGCGACGAGAAGUGCGCGGCGAUUGGCGUGGAAGAUCGCAAGCGUUGCGCGCCUUUCGUACAAGACCCUCGGUCUAGGUUUAUGAACGUCGCCGUUCGCGCAGAGGUGUGCCAUGAGUACGGGUGCUGCUUUGAUUACUCUGAAACCGUCUUGGGCACUUCCGAGUGCUACGUCCACAAGCUCGAGAGCGAAGCGUCUGGCUGUAAAAAAGACUGGGAGUGGGACGCGAUCGGGUCCGGAACCGUGAGGGUUCCGAAGCCGUUUACCUCCAACGGCGGAAAACCGACGAAGCUUUUCUGGAACGGAUGGCACGAACCCGGUCCACUCAUGGAUGGCCAAAAAGUAUCAACAGUCACGGACGAGGUCACGAUGUGUGGAAGAUCUUGCUGCCGAGGUGACACAGAGCUCGGCCCUUGCGCGUACGACCUCGGGUACUCGAAACCGGGCGCGGGUCAAUGUUCGAGGUUCAAAAGCAUUCUCGCGCCGGACCGGUACGAUACUGCGUUCGACGUGUACUUUGGCGAGGGCGACGUAGGUAAGGGAGAUCUCGCAGCUGACCCACCACGUAUGCCGCCGGCGGUUUUACAAACGAUCAAGAUGUUUACGUCGAAAGAGUGCAGGGAAGAGUGCGAUGCCGCCGACGGAUGCACGGCCGCGAACUUCAAUAAAGCAGAGAGCAUCUGCGAACUUAUCAAAGCGGAUGCUCCCUCGAUUGCCAAAUUUUGGGAUGCUGAUCCGCUUAAAAGGUAUCACAUUUUGAAUUCAACAUCGUCCCUCGGCGCUUCCCCCGGAGGUAACAGGAUUGGUUGGACGGCGUACACGCGUCAUUUGGGCACGAGGAGGGUGAGGGGCUUCACGAACGCCGUCACCCACGUGCUAGCGGACCCCCCACCGCAAUGGGGCGAGUGCAGAGUCGUACCCAAAGGACAACAACUUGAUCCUGAAUGCCCGUGGCAGCAGCACAAGGAAAUAAAAGGUUACGUCCUUCCCGGUGAUGACAUUUUCAGACCGGACGGGUACGAAGUUCCGUGGGACAAGAUUAACUCGUACCACAACGGAAAGCCGUAUAUGCCACUCGACGACGGUGACCCGGACUACCCGAUUACGUAUGACCCCGGGAUGGAAAUACGGAAGGGUCCCGGCCCAUACAACAUACACUCUAUUGAACGCCCGUGCUACGACGUGUGCAACAUCACGAAGUACUGCGAGGACCCACUACUGAGUUGGUACGAUUCGUCCUCGUCGAACGACGAAACGUGCUCCGCGCCUGGAAACAUGGCGACGACUCGUCCGGGUGCGAUUCAACACAUGACUUCCAAGGAACGGCGAGAAACUGUGGGAUCUUGCGACGGGCACGGUGGUCCAAGAAAACGAGAAACCCGCGUGAAUCUUGAAACUUACGAGCAGGCGAGCGCGCGGUGCGAACGAUUUGGCACGCGUCUGUGCGAAGCAGAUGAAAUCUUACGCGGCGCGGGUUUGAGCAGAGAAGGUGGCUCCGGAAAGAUCACUUGGGAAGAUGCCAACGUAUUUGCACCGCGUGACCCUUGGAAUUACGACCCGUUCAAAUGCACUCGAGACAUACGAGAAGAUAACGCGUAUUGGACGUCCACUCCCUGCGGCGUCGGCGGCGGGAACGCUACUGGGCGCUUCGUCGCUACGCGCGGUGGUGGACUUGGGAAACAGUGUGCUUCAACCUCCGAGGUCCAUCUUUUCGCGUGUUGCUCGGAUUUCAAAAAUGCCGGUUUUAAGUCCGCGAUCGCCGCUGCCUCUAGAAAAAGGAUGAACAUCACGCUCGGUGACUAUCAUUACUGCCGAAAUCAGCAGUGUAAAGUCUACGAAGGUCACUGCAAAAGUGAUGGCGAAUGUGAAUACGGCACGCAGUGCGCGCGACGCGUCGGGGCCAAGUAUGGAUUCCAUGACAAAGCAAACGUGUGCAUCCCGACGUAUGACGCGCAACAGAUUCGCUUCGGACCGAGACAAGUCUUAAGGGGGUCCCCGACGAAUUUUGUUUUCGUGGAAAGCGGAGUAUAUACGAUACCAAACACCGCGAAGGUUAAGAUUAUCGACGGUGAUAAGUUCGGUUGCAUGGGUGCGUGGGAUGACACCGCAGUCACCUUGGCGGAGACCGAGUUGAAGAGGCGAAGCGAACACGUCGUGCGUCUUCCCGGUCAGCCUGUCGGGGAGGCAUUCAGUGGACUGAAGAACCACAAGGCUACGCUUUAUGCUAAUAACAAGGUGUGUGAUGGAGAGUUGCAUCCUGAGCUCCCGAGAGCGACUGAGUCUACUCGGCCGUUUAUGGAAUGGAACAACGCGCUGGUCGCCGAGGACAAAACACAAUCCAAUUUUGAUCCCACGUUCGAAACGAGAAAGGCGCACAUGUGCAUGUGCGAUAACAGCACGGAUUGUGAAGCUCCUCAAAACUGGCACGAUCUCGGUGUAGUCAAGCUUGACGUUCCACACAUUUAUACUUUCCGCGGGUUUAAAGAUAACGACAUGGUGACGUGCGGGCGAGAUAUGAAGUGCCCGAAGCGCGAGACUCGGUUCGACGUGUACACGUAUUACACCACAGCGGAAGAACCGGAUAACAUACCGAAGAGCGAUGGCUACGUCGCCGGUUUCGGGGGAGAUUUAUUCGAGGUUUACAACGUCGUCGACAUGACCGAAUAUUACCCUGAGAUGCUGAUGACGCGGUUUACGUACUCGGAGCAAAUUUCCUUGUUCAAAGAAUUUUGCGCGCAGAGAUGCAACGGCAAUCCUCUAUGCGUCGGCUUUGACCUCGUCCCGACCGGCGUGGACGGCUCUGGGAUCAAAGAACUCGACGAUGACGAUUUGAUCCAGAGACAAUGCCGGAUGUAUCGCGACGGCGUGAUGCUGCACGUGAUCCCUUCGAGCGGACACCAGUUUUAUUUCAGUACGAAACCAAAACGAGAGACGUGGAGCUGGUUCCCGGUGCAGAGAAAGCCCGGUCGCGAGAUCGAAUUCACAACCCCGGGAGGGUUUUCUCAAGUAGCUCCCGAAGGCGUCGUCGGGCUUCGCGCGCCGAAAUUCAAGUUGAGAGGCACGAGCAUCGAACGGCUUCGGAACUUUUUUCUGUCCAUGAACGUGUUUGGCAAUCCUCCGCUGCCGAGUAAGAAGUUGGACUCACACCGAAUUCACGGAUUGGUAUAUUAUGAAAAUCUCUACUCCCCUUAUUUGAUGCCGUCGUUGGAUUACGUUACGGAUAAACACUUCAACGUACACAGCGGCAACGGCCGCGUCUUCUUCCCGUCGUUGGUUGAGCCAAAAGAAAUUGAUGAUCGCAUGGCGCUGACGGAAACGUACAUAACAGCCCGCAAUCGCAAUCGUCGGGGACAAAAAGAUUUUCCACGCGCCAGGAUCGCGUACGAAACCAACCUCGCUAAGAAGGAGUGCGAAGUAUCCGUCGCGCCGCCGCUGGAUGUUGUAAACCAAACCACCGAUGGAGGAUUGUACUGGCCUUCAGAUGUCGGAACGUGUGGAGGAAACGCACACGGAACACUAUGCACAACGCGGAAUUUCGAGGCGGUGAGGUCGUGA